GGGUGUGGGGUCCGCCCCGCCUCGGCGGCGGGGGAUGAAGUGAGGGGUUUGGACCAGGUGGUUCUGAGGGUGGCUUCUAGACUUAGGCUUCGCUCAGGCCGGGCGGCUGAACCACAGAAGUGGCCAGAGCUUUCUUGGGAAGGCAGGGAUUGGGUGUCUGGGGCUUCAGAGGAAACCGGGAGACCUGUAACUGCUACCUCAAGGGAGGCCCUAGGGCCUGCCCUAGAAGUGCGGGUGGCAGGGUGUUUUCAGGACCAGCCGGGUUCUCUCCUUCCGCCGGGUACCCGGGGUUGCGCUAUCCUGCGGGAAUCGCCACUCCCUGGCUCUUCUCUUCGCUCUUUGUUUAAUGGCCUAGGCUUUCUGAGACUGGAACCCUCGGUAUAGAGGGGAGUUUUUUUUGUUUUUUUUACUUGCCCAAGACCACAAAGCUGGGAGUGAAGCCCAGAGUUUAAAUGAGGAGAUCAGAAGCUUCUCUGACUAGGCGUAGAAGAUCCCCAUGAACCUGGGGAAAAAGACCUUUGUGAUCCAGACUUGAGGCUUAUUUGCAUUUGGUUUAUUCCCAUGGAAAUACAUAAAGCAUUCCAUGGUAGUUGUCAUCAUUCAAAAUAAACACCAAAGUUAACAACACCCUUCUUUGGGCAUUCUUCAUAUAGUCUAUAUUUGGCCCAACUUCUUGUGAAAUACUCCCUCUUUAUUUUAUCAUUUCAAUAAAAAAGACAUGUCUUGCUGAAUUCAUGAACAACUCCCUCAAUUAAUUAUAGUCUCAUCACAUGAAUAUUGGAUGUAAUUUGGACUUGUCAAAUGAUAUAGUUCACCUAUACUCCUAACCUUAAGCAAGUUGUAUGACUUCCAUAUAUCUGACUGUCUCUGCAUAACAUGAAAGCUUUGAACUAGCAGACGCUGAGCAGCAACAGCCUUUGGAGAGAUGCUGAGUUUUUCUUGACUUCUACAGUGAUAAAGACCCUGAAAAAGUUACUACUUCUGGCCUGUGUGGCCAUCAUCUUACCACUCAUCCCCCAAGACAACCCAGCCUGAACAUUAGUGCCUCCCUCUUUAUUCCUCUGUGAUCAUCCAGAUCAAUGCUUGACUGUUUAUUUUCAAAUUUCACAAGCCCAGCCCCAGAUCUUCAUAUUCUGGUUCUCAGCUGCUCUUGAAGGUCUCACUAAGUUGCUUAGGGCUCAUCACGUUGCUGAGACUGGCUUCAAACUUGUGAUCCUUCUGCUUCAGCCUCUCAAGUCGCUGGGAUCACAGGCCUACACCACUGUACCUGGCAUUGUUCAUUACCUUUAAAGAAGGACAUACAAAAGUGAAUGUGUACACAUAACAGUGACCUGUUACCACAGUAGCAGAGUCUGAUAUCCCCAGCAGAUCUCCAGUUGCUUCUAACAUCACCUCCCUCCCUUAUCUCCCUUUGUGGCCUCCUAAAUGCCCAUCUCGUUGGCCUGGGUUCAGUUGGUGGUAUGGAGGGGUGCUGCCUAGCACUGACCUGGGAGUGUGUGUGACCUACUGACCCAAUGGACAUCAAAGGCCAGUUCUGGAAUGAUGAUGAUUCAGAAGGAGAUAAUGAAUCAGAGGAAUUUCUCUAUGGAGUUCAGGGGAGCUGUGCAGCUGACCUGUAUCGACACCCACAGCUUGAUGCAGACAUUGAAGCUGUGAAGGAGAUCUACAGUGAGAACUCUGUAUCCAUCAGAGAAUAUGGAACUAUCGAUGACGUGGACAUUGAUCUCCACAUCAACAUCAGCUUCCUCGAUGAGGAAGUAUCUACAGCCUGGAAGGUCCUCCGGACAGAACCUAUUGUGUUAAGGCUGAGAUUUUCUCUCUCCCAGUACCUUGAUGGACCAGAACCAUCAAUUGAGGUUUUCCAGCCAUCGAAUAAGGAAGGAUUUGGACUGGGUCUUCAGUUGAAAAAGAUCUUGGGUAUGUUCACAUCCCAACAAUGGAAACAUCUGAGCAACGAUUUCUUGAAGACCCAGCAGGAGAAGAGGCACAGUUGGUUCAAAGCAAGUGGUACCAUCAAGAAGUUCCGAGCUGGCCUCAGCAUCUUCUCACCCAUCCCCAAGUCUCCCAGUUUCCCCAUCAUACAGGACUCCAUGCUGAAAGGCAAACUGGGUGUACCAGAGCUACGAGUUGGGCGCCUCAUGAAUCGUUCCAUCUCCUGUACCAUGAAGAACCCCAAAGUGGAGGUGUUUGGCUACCCUCCCAGCCCUCAGGCAGGUCUCCUGUGCCCUCAGCACGUGGGCCUCCCUCCCCCAGCACGGACCUCUCCUUUGGUCAGUGGUCACUGCAAGAACAUUCCCACUCUGGAGUAUGGAUUCCUUGUCCAGAUCAUGAAAUAUGCAGAGCAGAGGAUUCCAACAUUGAAUGAGUACUGUGUGGUGUGUGAUGAGCAGCAUGUCUUCCAAAAUGGUUCCAUGCUCAAGCCAGCUGUCUGUACUCGUGAACUGUGCGUCUUCUCCUUCUACACACUGGGAGUCAUGUCUGGAGCUGCAGAGGAGGUGGCUACUGGAGCAGAGGUGGUGGAUCUGCUGGUGGCUAUGUGUAGGGCAGCUUUGGAAUCCCCUAGAAAGAGUAUCAUCUUUGAGCCUUACCCCUCCGUGGUGGACCCCACUGAUCCCAAGACUCUGGCCUUUAACCCUAAGAAGAAGAAUUAUGAGCGGCUUCAGAAAGCUCUGGAUAGUGUAAUGUCCAUCCGGGAGAUGACCCAGGGCUCAUAUUUGGAAAUCAAGAAGCAGAUGGACAAGCUGGACCCCUUGGCUCAUCCUCUCCUGCAAUGGAUCAUCUCUAGCAACAGGUCACACAUUGUCAAACUACCUCUCAGCAGGCAGCUGAAGUUCAUGCACACCUCACACCAGUUCCUCCUGCUGAGCAGCCCUCCUGCCAAGGAGGCUCGGUUCCGGACCGCCAAGAAGCUCUAUGGCAGCACCUUUGCCUUCCAUGGGUCCCACAUUGAGAACUGGCAUUCAAUCCUGCGCAAUGGGCUAGUCAAUGCAUCCUACACCAAACUGCAGCUGCAUGGAGCAGCCUAUGGCAAAGGCAUCUACCUGAGCCCCAUCUCCAGUAUUUCCUUUGGAUACUCAGGAAUGGGAAAAGGACAGCACAGGAUGCCCUCCAAGGAUGAGCUGGUCCAGAGAUAUAACAGGAUGAAUACCAUCCCCCAGACUCGAUCCAUUCAGUCAAGGUUCCUGCAGAGUCGGAAUCUAAAUUGUAUAGCACUUUGUGAAGUGAUUACAUCUAAGGACCUCCAGAAGCAUGGGAACAUUUGGGUGUGCCCUGUGUCCGACCAUGUCUGCACAAGGUUCUUCUUUGUAUAUGAGGAUGGUCAGGUGGGCGAUGCCAACAUUAAUACUCAGGACCCCAAGAUACAGAAGGAAAUCAUGCGUGUGAUCGGAACUCAGGUUUACACAAACUAAGGGGGCCCCAGCCCUCGUACCACCCUGUUCCCCCAGGAUCCAUCUGCCCUCAUUAAAGGGCUCAGGAGCAGCAGGUGAGGCUGCCCUGAGGAAUCAAGAGGCCAUUGUCAAGGGGCAGGAAAAGGAUAGAAGAGACAACCUUCAUGGUGGAGACUGACCCAGGAACCAUUCCACAUUUGAUGGCCCAGACUGAUUCCAACCCCUGAUUUGCCCAAUUGACUUCACUCUGUUUGUAAAUAAAACAAUAAAAUGGAAGGUGCUGUGGACUGGA